AUGGUAUUUGCCCGUGCUGUUGCGCGUUCCUUGCCGCGUUCAUCCUCUCCCCUCUUUUCAGCCUCCCCGCAUUUUGCUCGUCGUGCUGCUACACCCUCCAUUCGUUCCUCCAUUGCCAAACGCACACUGACGGCGACUGCUUCUCGUCAGGGCAAAGUUCUUCUCGUCCUCUACGAUGGCCAUGAGCAUGCCAAAGAGCAACCCCGCCUUCUCGGUACCACAGAGAAUGAGCUAGGCAUUCGAAAAUGGCUUGAAGAUCAAGGACACACAUUGGUCACCACCUCAGACAAGGAAGGUGAAAACUCCAAAUUUGACCAGGAAUUGGUUGAUGCCGAAGUCAUCAUCACCACUCCCUUCCACCCCGGUUACCUCACCGCCGAGCGUCUGGCCAAAGCCAAGAAGCUGAAGAUUGCUGUCACUGCUGGUAUCGGCUCUGACCAUGUGGACUUGAAUGCGGCCAACAAAACCAAUGGCGGCAUCACGGUCGCUGAAGUUACCGGCAGCAACGUCGUCUCAGUCGCUGAGCAUGUGGUCAUGACCAUCCUCGCCCUCGUCCGCAACUUUGUCCCUGCUCACGAGCAAAUCGAACGAGGAGACUGGAAUGUCGCUGCUGUGGCCAAGAACGAAUAUGAUCUUGAGGGCAAGGUGGUGGGUACGGUUGCCGUGGGCCGUAUUGGGGAGCGUGUGCUCCGCCGCCUCAAGCCUUUCGACUGCAAGGAACUUUUGUACUUCGAUUACCAACCACUCAAACCGGAAGUGGAGAAGGAAAUUGGCUGCCGACGGGUUGAGGAUCUUGAGGAAAUGUUGGCUCAAUGUGACGUUGUCACCAUCAACUGCCCUCUCCAUGAGAAGACUCGCGGACUGUUUAACAAGGAGUUGAUCUCGAAGAUGAAGAAAGGCUCUUGGCUCGUCAACACCGCCCGCGGCGCCAUUGUCGUCAAGGAAGACGUUGCAGAGGCUCUGAAGUCCGGCCACCUCAACGGCUAUGGUGGUGAUGUGUGGUUCCCUCAACCGGCACCAAAGGAACAUCCUCUCCGAUAUGCGAAGAACCCCAUGGGCGGUGGCAAUGCCAUGGUUCCUCAUAUGUCCGGUACCUCGAUCGAUGCCCAAGAACGUUACGCCGCAGGUGUCAAGUCUAUCCUCGAGAGCUACUUCUCCGGCCGUCACGACUACAGACCUCAAGAUCUCAUCUGCUAUAAGGGUGAUUAUGCCACCAAAGCCUAUGGCCAGAGAGACAAGAAGUAG